AUGAUAAUGAUAACAGUUUUUAGUUACUAUAAAUUGGACACUAAAUUGAAUGAAAUAUCAUACCUUUUGAUAACUAUGAAAUAUUUCACACUUUUGGCAGUUAUUGCUACUAUUGCUGUUGUGACUUGUGCCCCAAGGUGAGUUGUUAUAACUUCUACUAUUUUCCUUUGAAAAAUUUUCUCUCCAGAUCUAAAAGAGGAUCUUAUGGCCCACCACAACAAUUCUCAAACUACGGGCCACCACAAUAUCAACAACAACAACCAGGAGGUUACGGACGUCCACCUCCACCACAAGGAGGAUACGGUAGACCAUCUGGGGGAUAUGGAAGACCAUCUUAUGGAAACAACGGAGGUUAUCAAGGACAAGGAAAUCAAUAUCAAGGUGGACAAGGGGGACAAGGAUUUGAUCAAAGUGCUGGAUUCCAAGGAGCUGCUGGAGCACCAGGUGGUUUCCAAGGCUCUCAAGGAGGAUUCGAUGCUCAAGGUGGUGCUCAAGGAGGAUUCCAAGCUUCACAAGGAGGUCCUCAAUUUGACGCAGCUGCCAAUGCUGGAGCUGUAGGUGGAACUGGACCUGAAUACUCGACUGUUGGACAAAAUGCUCCAGCUGCACCAGGACAAGGAUUGUUUGGCGGUGGUGCACCAACUGGCGGAUUUGAUACUUCUGGAUUUGCUGCUGAUGCAAAAUCAACUGUCACCAAGACUGAUUCGAUUUCCGAAGCAUCGCAAACUGGAGUUGCUUCAAGAAAGUAA